CUUGUGCACCACUCGCCUCGGUUACUGUACCUCAGUCUGGCUACAGGGUACCGGGUACACAAGUAUCGCCAAGACACCCCCUGUCUCAGCGGCAUCACGUUACUACUGCGCCGCAGGCGGCUGCCCAAUCUCCCACAAUCGCGACAAUUCUACCUACCCAUUGCACUCAACAUCCAUCAUUUACACAUCAGGCCUCAUCAGCAAUCACCGCCCGUCAUGGCCAUCACCGAACGCUCUGUCCCCAUGGCGCUGCUCUUCAACCACGCCAACGUCGUCCUCAUCAUCUACACGGUGUGCCCCUUUCUUUUCCUGGACUUGAGUGGCGUCAACGUCUCCUUUUUCAUCGCGAUCCUACUCGGCCUCGGUCUCAUUGUGUUCCUGGUGUACCGUACGCUCGCAUGUCUUCGUAUCUGCGCGUCGAAAACAGACAAAUUGGACAUUCUUUUUUACCAGGACCGCAAGGGCAGCUUCGCGAUGAUGGUCAUGGGGAGUAUAUGGGCGUUUGUGGCCUUGAUGGUCUUCUCCACCAGCGUGAUCGAUAUUCUCCUCAAAGGAGAAAUUUAUAUCCACUUCGGUAACUGGGCCAACGUCGGUGGCAUCAUCACGCAGUUCAUUUUUGGCGUAUUGAUCAUGGGGUCGCCUUUCACACUGGCGGGCUUGUUUGGCUGGGCUGUCACUACUGCGGUGCAAGGUUUGUGGAGGAUCAGCGCGCCCUCGGAGGGGAGGGAGGCGUUGAUGAGAGGACAUGACGAGUGGGAUGAGUGGAAGGACAACCAGGGCUGAUAUCGACAAUAUGGGAUGAUGUAUGCGUGUAUUUGCCUGACCGACGGGGUCCUUUUAAGCUAGCAGACAUUCGAGCGACUCUCCUUUGAC